UUCUAACACUUCCCUGCUGUGGCGAAAAGGAGUAAUAAUUAACAGUUUCUUGGGCUUGCUGUUCGUGGGAGGGGCACUGCCAGGCUCAGAGGGAGCCCCGCCCGGGCAGGAGUGUGUGCGCCCCUCCUCCCGCGCUUGUCUCCGACCCCAGCUCCACCUCCGGGACAGGUGAGCAAGCCCUGACUCUCCAACGACGAUCAGAGUUUGGAACUGAGCAGGGAAACACACUCUCCGGAGCAGGUUCAGCUCAACAACGAAGGGUAGCCUCAGAUGAUCUCAGAAAGGGGGAGAAAAUGACUAUGAUGGCUCACCAGUCCUCUUCUUGGAUCUUCAUCAAUGAGAGGACAUUCAUUACCAGGGAACAACUUAAUUCUUUAUUGAAGACCUAUAACAUCUUUUAUAGGAACCAGAAAAAUCUGCAUAUUUUAUAUGGACAGACUGACGAUGGUAAACUAAUUGUUGAAGGAAUGCUGGACAUUUUCUGGGGAGUAAAGCAGCCUAUACAACUGAAAAUACAAGAUGAGAAGCAAAUCCCUUCUUUCACUGUGCUGAAGUCACCAGAUGUCUUUUCCAAAAGGGGAAUGACACGCUGGGGAGAAUUUGAUGAUCUUUACCGUAUUAGUGAUUUGGACAGGACUCAGAUUCCAGUGUCUGGAGCAACAGAUUCCCAGGAAGAUUAUUUAUCUUAUCACAGUAGCACUCUGAAGCUUCAUGCAGAUGAAGAACCUGAAUCCCCAUUGCUCUAUAGAACCAUGAGUGAAGCAGCCCUGGUGAGAAAAAGGAUGAAGCCUCCGACGAUGGACAGAAAGGACAGACAGAAGCAUAGGGCCUCUAUUAACGGACACUUUUAUAACCAUGAAACAUCAAUUUUCACUCCAGCCUUUGGAUCAGAAACUAAGGUCAGAAUAAACAGUAAUAUGAGAACUGAAGAAGUAAUAAAGCAAAUUCUCCAAAAAUUUAAGAUUGAAAAUAGUGCCCAGGAUUUUGCACUUUACAUUAUUUUUGCAACAGGAGAGCAGAGACGGCUAAAGAAAACAGACAUUCCGCUACUGCAUAGACUCCUACAGGGACCAUCCGAAAAGAAUGCUCGCAUUUUCCUCAUGGAUAAAGAUGCAGAAGAAAUUAACAGUGAUGUGGCUCAGUAUAUUAACUUUCAUUUUUCUCUCCUGGAAUCCAUCCUUCAAAGAUUAAAUGAAGAAGAGAAAAGAGAGAUUCAAAGAACAAUAACAAAAUUCAGUACAGAAAAGGCUAUCAUACUGAAAUGUCUUCGAAGUAAACAGGUAAUAAAAACAGAGACAACAGUUUAGCAAUACAGGUCACUAUUGCUAAAACACUUCAACAAACUUAGAAGGGUGUUACAACUAUUUGAGUGCAUAAAUUCUAUACUUGCAUUUAUACAAAUAUAUGUGAACUUGAAUCUGUAGGAAAUUGAAUGUGGUAAAAGCUUGUCUCUUUAAACUGAAGAGGUUAAGUAAGGUUCACAGUUGGACUGAAGGAACUUGAAUUUAGUUUCAGUAACUGGAAUAAGCUCAGAUACUAUGUAUUUCAAAUAGUUUUUAUAGUAAAACGCUCAAUGAACUUGAAUUUAAAUGGCAUCUUCAGAUGCCAUGCAGCUUAAACUUAUUUUAGCUUCAACUGUCAAGAGAACUCUCAUCAACUGACUCUCAGAAAUGAUUCAGAAGUAAAAGCUGCCAGAUCUUAAAAUAAAAAAUCAGCACAUUACUACCCCACCAAGGAAUCUGAUGGUGAUGGUGUUUCACAGCUCCUUAAACUCUAGCCUUUUCAUAAAAUUUAGGACAAUCUUUCUAUGGAUACGUGGCUUUGGGCUAUCUAUAACAUCAGAGCUAUCUGUCCUUUGGGAUGGAAAAGAUUAUGGACUCUGUUAAGAAAUCCAAAUUGUAAUUUUCUCAACCUGAGCCCUUCUUUUUUUCCCCCCUCUGUUCUACAGAUAACUUUCAAAAGUGUUCUUAAGCUUUUCUUUUUUCAAUUGAACUAGUUUUCUUUAUUUUUCCAAACAAACAUAUCACAGAGAUUUAGUGUAUUUUGUUGGCUAGGCUAAGACUUGACCCAUGAUAACCAUUUGUUGCUUAAUAAAUAUAGAAGAUAAUGCAAAGCUGUGGUAGAUCGAAGUUGGGCAGGAAAUCUGGAGCUCUGCCCUUUUUCUCCAAGACAACUCAUUCUACAAAACAACACUCAGGGUCCAUCAAGUACACUUAACCAAUCUGAAAAAGCACUGAGAAUGCCACAAGUAUCAUCUAUGAUUUUAUUUAUGAACUCUAUAUUAAAAGGGAGUUUUAUGCAGCUCUUUUCCAUUCCACUACUACUUCUAUCUGCAUUCCUCAUAAGCAUUGGAUUAAACUGAUUAUAUUACACACACUGUGGGAUAAGGUUGAAUGUAAUAAACCCAGUUGGAAGACAAAUUAUCAAAAUAUGAAACAUGUUUAAGACAAAGAUAUUACUUCUCAGUGUAACCAAAUCCUAAACCAGACGAAAGUAAAAGUGUGCUGUGAGCUUUUCAGUCCUAGGAAAUCUCCUUUAUUGAAUAAGACAUGGGCCUGCAUCUUCAUCCUAUUAUCUACCAGUUAUUAAGAAAAUCUCAUCUCACAAAAGUAAAGCGAAUGUAAUGGUUAAAAUUCAGUAUACUUAUUUAAAGUAGUGUCAAGUAUCUGCCAUAAACAUGACAAAAGAUUCAUUUUAAUAUAUUGAAAGUCUACAAAAUGCAUUAAAAAAUACCAUGCCCGGAUAGAAUAAAUAAGACAUAUGGCUUGAAAAGUAAAACUGCAGAAGAGGAAAUGCAAAUGGCUAAUAAGUAUGUGAAAAAAGUUGUAUCUUAAUAGUGAUCAGUUGUAUUAUUAGUCUGUGUCUAAUCAGGAGACAGAAACCACACAGUCAUUUAAACAGGGGAAAUUUAAUAUAAAGAACUUAGCUGUGAUGAUAGAGUAACUAUAAAAAUGUGAAGAGAACUCCAAAGGGUACCCUAAGGCUGAGGAAGAAUACCCCACAAAGGAAAAGCUUGGAGAGAGGAGCUGAGAAUUCACUGGAGAAGGUGUGGUUGCAGCCCAGUGGAUAGGGGAGACAUCCUCUGGUUGCCCAGGACACAGCAGGGCCACAGUCAUAGGCCAAUCAGGAACAACUCUCUGGAGUGUGGAUCAGGUGGACAGGUGAGCAGAGGGCCUUGGGGCUUCUCUGCAGGCACAAAGCCAGAUCACAGAGUGUCGGUGUCUGGAGGUCUGCAGGAAACAAAGUCUGGGGGUAAGCUGAGGCUGAAGGGUAGGCACACAAAAAAAUCAGGGGCGCUGCUGCCAGUGCUGCUAGGACUGCGGGGGCUGCAGGGGCCAUCUCUGCAGGAACCUAGUACAACUCUGUGUAUGCCUUGGACUGUGGCAUCUUUGAGGCUGCAUGGGACAAAGGUGGGGCAAGUGGCUUACCAGAUGAUCAGCCCCACAAGGCACUCUCUGGGAGCAUGCACCAAGUUGAGAAGGUAUGGAGAGUAAUGAUCUGAGCUAGGACACAGGCCUCUACUGGGCCUCCAGACUGUGCCACCACAAACCAAAUCAAAAGCUACAAAAGGGGUUGGAGGAACACAAGAUAAAGAAAGCUGCACCCUACAGGCCACUAGCACUGAAGAAACCACUCUGGGUAGAGCAGUGAAGGAAGAAAGUCAGCUUCCCAGAAUCCGGAAAGACCAACUUCCUCCUACAGUGUUUCUCCAGUGCCCCCUACUGACAAAGCAUGACAUCAUGUAAGCUGCAAAGGAAGCAUAUAGAAAGGCUCCCAUGUACAUUUUCACAGACAACAGCAAAGAGUGAAUUUGGAGCAGAGACGCAAUAAAAUAACUGGCGUGUCAACAAAAUGCAAAGCAAAGAAAAGUGAAAUUCAUCUAUUAAAGAAGAUUAAGAAAUGAUAAUAUUAAAUACUCAACAGAUUACAAUGAGAUGGGCACUUAAACUACUGGUAGAAUUACAAAUGAAUAUAACUUUCCUUGAAAGAAAUUUAGUAAUAAGUUCAUCCUAUAAUUCUACUUGUAGGAUCUUAUAUGAAAAUAAUCAUAUAUACAAAGACACUAUGUAAAGAUGAUUAUUAUUUAUUGUGAUAAAAGGAAGUAAAUAGCCUAAUGUUCAAAAAUAGGAAAAAACGAUUAAGGAAGGAAAGAAACAUUUACCUAUAGAAUGUUAUGCAGCUCUUAAAUUGUUUUCUAAUAAAUUUUAAUUAUAAGAGUAAAUUCUCGUUAUGUAUCUGGAUAAGAAUAUAGAUACAAUAUCCAAAAGUUUAUUAUCCACAAGAUAUAUAGAUAUAUGUUUAUAUAUGUAUGUAUAUUAUUUGUACAUUUGUACAUAAACACCAAAAACAUGUUAAAUGUGGUUAUGUCUGGUUUGUAGAAUUAUGUAUGGGUGAUUCAUGUUUUUCAUAUUUUUCUACACUUGUUAAAUAAUCUGUAAUGAACAUAUAUUGCUUUUUCUAUUUAGGAAAUAGAAAAUUUAUGAUUAAAAAGUUGCCAACAAAAGAGUAGCAAGUACAUGCAAGCACAGAGUUCUACUAGAUGCAAAAAAAUUCAAAUAAAUUAUGCAAGUGAGAUGUUAACAUCACUACCGUGGUAGUUUUAAAAUAUAUGUAUGAAGUCUUUGAUACUCCUCCUCUCAAGAUAUGGAGCCUAAUCUUCCUCACCUUGCCAAUGGGCUGGACUUAGUAACUCACUUCUAAGGAACAGAGGAAAGCAGAAGUGCCAGGGUGUGGCUUUGGAGACUAGGUCAUAAAAGGCACUGUGGUGUCCUCCUUGCUUGUUCUCUUGGAUUGCUGGCUCUGGGGGGAGCCAACUGCCACAUCCAGAGUAGCCCUAGGGAAAGGCCUAUAUAACAGGAACUGAGACCUUCUUCCAAAAGCCCAAAAGCCAACAAGGAACUGAGGCACCCUGUCCACAGCCCACAGCCGUGGGAGUGCGCCAUCGGCCAGCCCCAGUUAAGCCUUCAACGACUGCAGCCCUGGCAAAGAGCUUGACUACAACCUCAUGAGAGACCUGAGCCAAAAAUCCCAGCUAAACCACUCCUGGAUUCCUGAUCCUCAGAAAAUGUGUGAGGUACGAAAUGUUUGUUGUAGUAUGCUGCUAUGAUUUAGGAUAAUUUGUUACAUCACAAUAGAUAACAUAUAAUUUCUGAGACAAAAAUCUGUUCACUUCAGAGUCAUCUUUACAUAAUACAAGAAUAUAAACUUUUGUCACAAAACCGUUCAUCCUUGUUUUAGGUGGUCCAAAUAUUUCACUACCAGUUACAUAUUAGUUCAAAUUCAGUUCUAGAUAAUGUUAUACUUAUUAAUGGUAGAGGACCUGUCACAUUCAUCUUUGUAUACUUUGUUGUACUUAAUAUGGUGUCCUGUGUAUUGGAUGUGCUCAAUAAAAAUCAGUUGAAUAAAGGA